GUUAUGGUCAGCGGUGUUGUGUUGUGUGAAUUGUCGCUUUAGUUCCGAAAAAACCGUUUCACAAACCGCAUUCCUCUAUCCGAACUAUCGUGAACGUCGUUGGUAGGGCUUAACUCGUAAACGAGUUCCGAUCGCAGCUGUACCACUAUCAACAGUGAGAUAUGGUGGAGAUGCUCCAGCAAAUCUGAUAACCUCCACGACGAUAAUACUCCACGUAUCAUCUCGCAGCUACACUGACCGAUAGCGACAGUCUCGAGACAGUCAUAGUGCAUUGUUAUAGCCGUGAUAACGAGGCAUCGUAGUGCUUCUCUCACAGAUAAGUCGAAUACUGUUCACUGUUGUUCUCUGUCGUGUGGCAGUUCAAGACUCCGCAGUAAGUGUUUGGCUUUUGAACGCACAGGAAGUAGUAACGCUCCAACAUGGCACUCUGUACGUACGAUGAAGCGAGCCGAACCUGGUACGGUGUGCAGCGUGUUUCGAUCUACAACCCAAAAGCGAACGUUGGUGAGGUCCUGAACCAUAUACUGCUCCGAACGCCCGAUCGGAUCAUUCAGAUCGAUAUGGAUACGGGCAACCGACUGAGCUGUACCGAGUUCCGAAUGCGCAUGGUCCGCUUCGCCCAGCAUCUAACGCACGUUGGGCUGCGCAAGGGUGACAUUGUGGCGAUGGCAAACGGUAACAGCGAGAAUGUGGCACCGUUGGCAUGUGCGCUCAUGACACUGGGAGCACCGUUUAAUCCGCUUGCGCCCGGGUUCAAUGUGGAGGACAUGGCGCACAUGCUGCGUCUAACGCAACCGAAGAUGGUAUUCUGUGACGAUGAUAAUGUGGAGGUGGUACGUCAAGCUGUCUGUAGUGUGUUGGGAGGUGAGAUUCCGAUCUACGUUUUUGAGAGCCAGCGGGAUGAUGUGAAGCAUGCGGAAGAUCUACUGAUUCCGACGGGCAAAGAGGAACAGUUUAUGCCCACCCACCUCGGAGACUCACACGAGCUGCUGUCCAUGAUACUCUGCUCGUCCGGUACUACCGGUCCCCCGAAAGGUGUUUGCGUGACGCACGCACAGACGGUCUCUACGAUCGGUUGCUACCCGACGGCCAAACCGGCGACAGUGUUCAACUUUAGCCCACUGUACUGGGGCACCGGGGUGUACAUGAUGCUCAGCACGUUCUCUGGCAGUUCCACGCGCCUCAUCACACGCCGCCCGUUUUCGGAGGAAACGUUCUUUGAGGCGGUGGAGAAGCAUCGGGCCAAUUUCGUGUUUAUGCCACCGUCGUACGCCAGCCAGGUUCUGCGCCACGAGCGCACUUCCCAGGUGGACUUCUCUAGUUUGAUCAUGCUGGCAAUCGGAGGCAGCUACGUAUCGGAAGGAUUGCGCGAUCGGUUCGAUCUUCUGUUGCCAAAUGGGCGUACGUACAAUACGGUCGGCACGUCGGAGGUAGGAUGGGUGGCGACUGAUUUUGCCAAGCGGAAGCCGGGCUCGGUCGGUACACCGGUGGUAAACGUUUCCGUCAAGAUUGUGGACGAUGACGGCAACGAUCUGGGCGUUGGUGAACGGGGUCAGGUUCUGCUGAAAGGCGCGGAACCGUUCAUUGGUUAUUACAAAAAUGAGGCGGCCACUCGGGCAACGAUCGAUGAGCGAGGGUUCAUGCGCUCGGGCGAUAUUGGAUAUGUCGAUGAGGAGGGCUACCUGUACCUGAUCGAUCGGGAGAAGGACAUCUUCAAGUACCGUGGGUUCCACGUGUCGCCGAGCGAGCUGGAGGGAGUCGUCGGUCAGAUUGAGGGUGUUUUAGAGGUGUGUGUUGUCGCGGUGCCGGCAGAUGAGGAGCGUACCACCGAGCUGCCGACAGCGGUUAUCGUACGCGCGGCCGGAAGUUCACUUACGGCGGAGCAGGUGAUGGAAAUAGUGGACGGGAAGGUGUCCGACUUUAAGCGCCUGCGGGGUGGAGUGUAUUUUGUGGAGCGCUUACCGAAAACGCAGACCGGUAAAAAUGUGCGACGGAAGGUGCUGGAGAUGGUGUUGGAGCUGGCGAAGGAGAAGACGGGCGCUUGAGGAGUCAAAUCGGAAGGAACAACUCGAAUUUGUAUUAACAUACUACUGUUAACAGGGUGGAGGAUUGAUGAUAUGAUAGUAAAUAAAUAGCUAUUCUUAUAUGUUUAA